CCACCGCGGCUCGACCUCUUCUCCUCUUCUCCUCUUCCGCGGCGACCAGCCCAACCCCUCCGCCGUUCCCGUUCGACCUUCCGGCUCCGCAAUUCCGGCCACCGGUUGGUUUCUGAGUUCAGAAUGGGGAUCAUGCUCAACUUCACAGUGCCCGAUCAAUUCCAUCCAGGGCAACUCCACCGAGGCAGCGGCAGAAUAGCAGGCCAUCAGCUCCAAGCGUUGAGCAUUCUGGCUUUCAGAGCUUUAUCCGAGCACAUUCAACAGAAUGAAGUGUUCCGUCAAAAGCCUAUAGCCAACAGCCAGUUUCAACUGCUGAGCAUUCUGCUUUGCGGACUAAUCCAUGCCAAGGGAAUAACAGGGGAAGUUCGAUGUAAACUGUGCUGCAUUCUCAUCUGUGGAGUUAUAUCUGACUACAUCCAUCACGCACCAAUUGAUGCAAAGGAAUCGGCGAUUGAUCUGUUUGGAGACCUUCCAGAGGACGUGCUAUGCACAAUUUUUUCAAAGUUGCCUCUGGAAGAGGCUGUAAGAACCAGUGCUGUAUCAAGGAAAUGGAGAUACUUGUGGAUACUUUGUUCUAAAUUGAGUUUCGAUGGAAAUACAGUAUGUGGCAAAAACAAUUAUGAGAAAAGAGUGUAUACUCUAAUGUUCACUCGCAUUGUUAAUAGGGUCUUGGAACAGUACCGUGGCAAGUUGGUGCAAGAGCUUGCUAUCAAAAUUGAGUUCAACUGUAUGUUGGUUGAACAUCUUGAUAACUGGGUUCGUUUUGUUGUAUCAUCGCAGACAAAGGCACUAGUUUUUGAUUUAGCACCAGAACAGCGUCAACCUCCAGGUCGUGAUGAUCGGUACAAAUUCCCAUUUGAGCUUUUAGACAACGACAGUAUAUGCCGUCUACAGAAACUUCAUCUUAGCUUUGUAGAUUUCCAGCCACCAAUUCAUUUUAGUGGUUUCCCUAACCUAAGGAAGCUUGAUCUGAACUUAGUGAAUGUCAGUGGGAAGGAUAUUCAACAUAUGUUGUCAAACUGCUGUAACCUAGAGUGGCUGAGUAUUGUUAGAUGCCAUCUCAAUGGGGAACUAAAGGUUAACGGCCCUCUGCCUCACCUGCUAUACUUGAAAAUUGCUUCCUGCGAUAUAACAAAUAUAGAAUUCCUUGCCGAGAACCUUGCAACCUUCGAAUACAGAGGAGUAGCGGUGCCUAUUGACCUCAGUAAUUCAUCGGAACUGAAAUGUGCAAACAUAUGGUAUUAUAGAGACACGCUCGAGCACACUAUUACUGUUCUUGCUAAUGUGCUUAUAAAUGUGCAACAUCUGACCCUCGAUACAGCCUGUGAACCUCCAAAGAUUCCCUUUUUGAUGCAUUACCGAUGCAAGUUUUCCAAGAUGACGUAUUUACAAUUGAGGUUGGUUUAUAUCGAAGAAUUCAAUAUAUUAUCUUUGGUCUCUUUUGUGAGGUCUGCUCCUUUCAUCAGGAAGUUAGAGCUGCACUUUCGUUUCCCUAGUUAUGUGCAUUCGAUACAAGAAUCUGAUGAACCUAUCACGAAGCUACCGGAGCGUCUGUUCAACAACUUAAAGAGUUUGUAUGUUACAGGAUUUAAAGCAUGCAUCGGUCAAGUUGAGUUCCUUUCACACAUGGUGGAAAAUUCCCCUGCACUAGAGAUUUUAAGUAUAGAUCAUUCAGACAAAUAUCCCCUAGAAGGCCAUGAAAGAGACACGAAAACGGUUGUUGACGUAGUCCAUAGAACUGCUAGAAGGUAUCUCGAAGGGAAGAUUUCGUCCAAGUGCACCCUAAUAUUACUUUAAGGGAUUUGUUGGUAUAGGGAUGUACAUUGUAUCUCUAUCUAGGGAUUGAAAAUCCAAUGCGGUGGCAUCUUUAAACAUGUCUGCAUUGGUCACUACUAUGUGCAUUGUGAUUUGGUUUUGCACGGUCCAUUAUAAUAUUGAUGAAAUGAA